CGAGCUUCAAAGGUCUACCUACCACACAACAGCACUCUCAAGCACCGACUAUCAACGCCAGAACAGCUCGUACAGGGUCUAUUACAAUCAUUUGUACAGGAAUGGGCGCUAGGUGGAGGGCAGAAGGCUGGAGUCGAGGUAUGCACAGCCUAGGAUAUGGGCUUGUGGUCUUGAAGCCUGAGGGAUGCGCGAGUACACUGCAAGGGGAUCUUGAAGAGUUCUAUGCGACGGAUGCGAAAUCAAGGCCACUCUACCGAACCGAAGAGCUGCCCGUGGAUGCAGAGCGCAAAAUGAAGAGCCAGCGAGGGACGGUGGGUGUCCGGGUGAGGUUCCACGGUUGUUGUUCAGGUCGCAAAUGCCUUAUCGCCGAUUCGCUCCUCCGCUGUCCGGCGGCGGUGAGGGCAGCAGGUGGUGGGGGCUCACGCGAUCAUAGUACCAGAGAUUUCGACUCCUCUGUAGGUAUGCAUAGCAGUAAUUCAGAACUGUUCACACUGAAGAUCACAUCAAGAACGUUUGCUAGUUUCAUUAUCUGUAUUGGUUUGUAUUUCCAACCAAAGCUUUCGAUUACUUAGGAAUCCAACAUGGGAUCCAAGCUCAAAAGCACUGCAUAUUAUAGUACACCCAAACCGGCGAUGAGCCAACAAGACCUUCUGCAAUGUCGCAGUAGUUCUAUGAAGCCAACGCUAUUCAACCCAGUAUGAAUCGUCCCGUCCGAUUCAAUGCAACGUGACCCAACCAGAAGGCUGACUC